AUGCUGUCGAGGCACUCGUCAGUCACGCUUUUUGCCCGUCAUGUUUACGAAACCCCGAGUAUAUACCGAGACUCGAGAGCCCCACGACGACAGUAUCACGCAUUUGUCGCCUCGCUCUUCAGUCGCCCCCGAGAGUUUCGUCUUCCUCACCAAGACACAGUUCUCUCAGUUUGGAUUGAGGAAUUCGAAGAAAAAAAGGUUUUGAAUAUUGAAAGUUAUGCCUGUUCAAACUGGAUUGCGCUAAUGAGUGAAACGGGAAAUCUCGUGGAUUUUGCGGUGAUGCGGACGCUUCUAGUGUUCCUCAUCACCAUGACUGCGACGAUCUUGAUGACGAUAAUUCCCGACGCGGAAUCAGCAGCAGACGGCAUUUUCCUCACCAGCGAGGAAACUGACCAAAUUUCCCGCAACAUUUCCGCCUUGUUGGACCGUUUGCUGGAUCCGCGAAUUUACGACAAGUACCUGCGGCCCGGCAACGGCGUGCACCCGACGACAGUCAAAAUCAACAUGCAUCUCAAAAGCUUGGGCCCGGUGUCCGAGGACGAAAAGUAUUACGUGUUGGACUGUUAUUUCCGACAGGAAUGGAACGACGAGAGACUCAGGUUCGACUUCAAGGGCUUCGAGUCCCUGGCUAUGAACUACAAGUUUCUGGAGAAGGUGUGGAAGCCGGAUACCUACUUCAAGUCCUACAUGCACAAGAUCACGGUGCCCAACAAACUGCUCCGCCUCAAGAACGACGGGACGAUGCUUUACUCGCAACGUCUCACCAUAAAGGCCGUGUGUCCCAUGCGACUGAAAAAGUUCCCGCUGGACAAGCAGAAAUGCCCCCUGGAAAUCGCGAGCUUCGGGUACCCGACAGCUGACGUGAUGUACCAGUGGCGCGACGGUGGCGUGACGUUUGAGGAAGGCGUGAGUCUCGCCCAGUACGAGUUCAUCAAUUCCACAGUCACUGAAGGAGUGUCCACGUCGUCGGCUGCAGAGCCCAAAUCCGCCUGCUUCGUCGUCUUUCACCUGAAACGCAACACGGGAUUUUACUUGCUUCAGGUCUACAUACCGUGUUGUUUGAUCGUCUGCUGUUCCUGGGUGUCGUUCUGGAUCCACAAAAAGGACACCCCGGCCCGGGUCGUCAUCGGGGUGACGACAGUGCUGACGAUCACAACCAUGGGCUUUGGUGGCAGAGCCCAAAUGCCCAAGACUAGUUACGCCACAGCACUCGACUACUUCGUCGUCAUCUUAUGGUCGGUCUGGCUCUUCUUUUAA